CCCAAACCAUCCAGUCGCUUCUAUUUCAUAAACCGACUUAAGUAACCAUUCGAUAUCCUCGGAAAAUUAAUUUCCAUCCCGAGAAAUCGAUAUCUCACCGGUGCAGCGGCAAAAUCGUUUGAAAAUCAUCGAAAACCGCGGGCAAUUGCCUGCAAUCACCAAGUGCAUCACACCUGUAAGAAAAAGACAACAAUUUCCAAAGACCCAUGAUAAAGACCCUCUGAUGUCUAUGAAUCCUGCCCCCAGGUAAUACUCAGGUGACAAAAUAAGUAUAAAUCGAGAAUGGAAGAGACGAAGCCGUCAGUCUCGAGAUCUCAGACAGAAAUUCCAGAUUCCAAAGUCCCAAUACAAAUGGUCUUGACAAAAAUGAUUGAGGAAAAGCACACGUUUUCCUACAAAAAAUUGGUGGUACCAAUGUCGAUGAGGAGCGUCUACUGGAAGUUCUUCGGCUUCCCAGCGACCGAGGACGGUGAUAUCCUGACAAAAGUGAAAAUUGUCUGUAUCCUGUGCAAAACUCAGAUCGCCUAUAACCGGAACACGAGUAAUUUGCGAAUGCACCUGCAGAAUAAACACAGUCAAGAGCUGAUGGAGCUGGAAGCUGCGACACCCCCGAAGAAGCCAGGGGGUCAGUCAGCGAAGGACAAGAAGGUCCAGAAGAAGUUGUUGAAGGCGAUGAACAAUCAUCACAUCUACACGACGAAUAUCGAUGGGACUGUCCAGAUAGAUGGGGACAUUCAGUUCGUAACUGAUCCAAAUGUUGCCCUCUCGAACAUGGAGGAGGAUAUCGGAGAGGAGUCACCAGUCAGGGUGAUGAUGAAAGAGCCCACGACCCCCUCGGGUACUAAUGUCACCUACCUGAUGCCUGAAGAGCAUCAGCACAGCAUCGACGAGAAGACAGUCUCUGAUGCAAUAUCAGAAUUUAUUGUUAUGGACCUGCAGCUGCCUGAGAUCGUCGAGGGGAGAGGCUUUCAGAGGCUAAUUGCCACCCUGAGAUCACCUUGUGAAAUACCCAGCAAGACUAAACUCGAGGAGGAGAUAAUUCCAAAGGUUUACGACAGCUUCAGAGACUCUGUCAACUCGACUAUUGCCUGUCACACUGGGGAAAUGGGUCUCGCCAUCGAGGAGUGGAGAUCCAACUCUGGCGAGAGCUUCGUCACUGUCUCUAUGUUUUAUGAGAACUCCAUGGAUAACAUAUUAGAGAUGAAGGUGUUGAAUACUCUUCAUGUACCUCAUGAUUGGGGGGAGAACCAGUGGGGCUGUAUGUUGGAUUCUCUAGUAGCUGACUGGGAGCUCAGGGUCGACAGAAUUACUGCGGUUGUCGUUGGGACCAUGAGGAAUGAUCUUGUUGCUGCUUUGAAUAGCAGAGGCCUCACUGUCAUUCCUUGUCUCUUGAAUACUCUUCAGGUGUGUGCUCAAGCAUGUUUUGAAACACCGGAGGUCGCUGCCAUUCUCAACAGGUGUAGGGCCAUCAUUGGGAGUAUUGCGAGCAACAGUGCUGCGUCCGCUACGAUGAACAUGCAGGAACAGUUGUUGGAGUUGGAAGAGAAUUUGAUGGCCAUGGACUACCCCCAGGUAUGGACGUCAACGUACACUAUGUUGGAACAGAUGAUUGUUCGGAGUAACGUAAUUACUUCAAUAUUUGAAACAGUCGAUGGAUUUGAACAAGAGGCGGCGGAGCUUACCAACGACCAGUGGAAAAUCAUGCAGGACUUGGUGGCAGUUCUCGAGCCCUUCAAGGUCACCAUAAUGACCCUGAGUGAGGAAAAAAUGCCCCUGAUAUCACUGCUUAAACCAUUGCUCUGGCAAUUGGUGUCGUCUCAUCUGAAGACCCAACCCACUGACAGUGAAAUCGCCAGAUCCUUCAAGGAAUCACUCUCCGAGAUGCUCGUGGAACGUUAUGCCGACUCUGGAGUUGCUCUCGUGUUGCAGAUAGCUACAACUCUCGACCCAAGAUUCAAACAACUUCCUUACGCAACCGAGGAAGACAAGACAAUGGCUGCAGAACCCAUUCGAGAGAUGUUAACAAAACUAAUUCAACAGGGAAAAUCGGAGGAGUCAGACAUAAAGGUUUCGUCUCCUCCUAAUAAGAAACCCCGUCUAUCUGGGAUGGAGUUGCUCUUGGGUAACUUGUGUUCGGCGAAAAUUGGAAUGCCAGCGAAGGAGAAGGCUAAUCUGGAAUUAGUUCAAUAUCAGUCAGAGCCCACUGCAGCCCUGGACAGCUGCCCUCUCCAGUGGUGGUCGAAGAUGUCAGCGAAGUGUCCAAACCUGUCAACAUUAGCGAAGAGAUACCACUGCGUACCCGCCUGCUGUGCGCCCUCCUCGAGAAUUCCAGCUGAAGCUCAAGUUCUUCACGACAGCAGGCGAUCUGCACUACCUCCUCAUCUGGUUGACAAAUUAUUAUUUCUUCAUGGUAAUCACAUACCUUGAAAUUUAUUCCAAGGAUUUUCCACAA